CUUCAUUCAUCGAGCUAGCUGACGGGUCCCACUCCACACCGUUUUGCCACUAAAUUAAUCCUUAAAAAUAUCUCAACAAGAAGGACAUUAUGUCCGCAAACAACAUGUCAGGCCCACAAAGGGUAAACAAAAUUAUCCGUUACAAGCCCCCCAGUACGGACGCAAACCCCACCCUGGAAGAUCCGACUCCCGACUACAUGAACCUACUCGGCAUGAUCUUCAGCAUGUGUGGCCUGAUGCUGAAGUUAAAGUGGUGUGCGUGGAUAGCAGUGUACUGCUCCUUCAUCAGCUUCGCUAACUCACGCAGUUCAGAAGACACUAAACAAAUGAUGAGCAGCUUCAUGCUGUCCAUCUCAGCCGUGGUGAUGUCAUACCUCCAGAACCCCCAGCCCAUGUCGCCGCCGUGGUAACCAAGGUCCAAUGGCAGGGGGGGGCCUUGCAGGAGAGGGGCGGUUCCAGACUGAGAGUGGGAGACAGACUCCUGACUCGCCCACUGACCAUCUGGGAGAGAGAGAGCGAUAGGGGGAUGGAUGGAGAGAAAGUGAUGGAUGGAGAGAAAGAGAUGGAUGGAGAGAGAGGGAUAGAGAGAGAGAGGGGAGAGGGAAAAAGAUGGAUGGAUUGAGAGGAAGCACGAGGGUGGACAUGAGGCAAGAACAAGAAGACCAGGUGGUCCUGGCUAUAACUCUCCCUUUACUCUCCAAAAUCUCUAUUUUCCUGGAGAUAUUGCACGUUUUCUAUUUAAUUGUCUGAUUCACCCGCUGUAAGCUGAGCUCUGUUAGUUGGAAAUAAAGAUAGGUUUUAUAAAGUCA